GGUUUUCAUUGCAAAGAAGCCGAGGAGGAGGGCCCUUUCUAUAUUCACUGCUUUCGAACAAUGCCCCAUACUUGGAAUAGGUUUUGUUGGCAGCAGUGGAACAUGAUGGGAAGGAGGGGGCUAGAAAUAGGAAUCACUGCCUCUAGCUCCUGGACACCAUUAAAACCUAUGAAAUGAGUUCUACUUUGUAUCUUGAAUAAUUAGUUUGUAAUAGGACUUACAGCAUUUGUGAAUAGUCUUAGCAAAGACCAUGGGAAAAACAUCACAAAGAAAUUGGCUUAAAGAAAUCAUAUAAAUAGCAGGAGAAACACACCAUUAAUCAUUUGAAUGGAAAUUCCAGGUUUCAUAGCUAUAGAAAGUGAUAAAUAUUUCCAAUGAUUUAGUAGAAAGGUGUGGCAAACUAAUGUAAAGCUAGAGACAUACUUCUUGGGAUUGACAAGGGAGGAAUUAGCCCCAUUCUAUCAUUGAUGCAGGGUGGGAAUCCCAUUGUCCUGACGUCUUGAGUUUACCUGGAGAAAACAGAGUGUCAGUGCUAAUGAGACCGAGGGAGAACCCAAAUCAAGCCCCUUGCUUCACUUGUGUUGUUCCUUACAUGUAAUGGACUAUACAGAAAGCUGGUUUUGGAGGUCAGUGUGCGUCAGUCUCAGAUCUUGGCCAUGUAACACUGCUGAGCAUAUUUCCUAAGAAAUCCUGACCCCGCCCUUGACCAGCAGCUCUGGUUAAUCAUUUGAGGAGUGCUUGGUCAAAACUAUCAAUGCAGACUGGCAUUUCUGGGAUGCCUUUGAUCUCUUUCCUCCCUUUCAUGGUGGAUGGUGCCAAAAUAAGAGUAACUGGCAGCUGUCAGGCCCAUUUAGGCUUUGUGACUGUGCCAAAUCAGUAGAUGACCAGACACCAAGUUUUCCCACACUCUAUUCUGGACCACUGGACAUGCGUCUAGAGUUCUACAGUCCUCCAUAUUUCCUAACCUAAGCUCUUGUACUUUCCCUUGCCUAAGGAUAAAAGGACUUUAAAACCCCUAAUGGAUUUCGUGUAUGUUCUCCCACACACACCCUCUGUGUGUGUGUGUGUGUGUGUGUGUGUGUGUGUGUGUGUGUGUGUGUGUGUGUGUAUGUGUGUUAUCAUAGGUACUGGGCUGAAGCCUGAUCACUUUGGCCUUCAGGGACAGUUUAUGUUUUUAAAAAUUAGUUUUUAAAAUUGGCAUUCAAAGCAGUGUGUUUCAUUGUGACAUUUCUAUACAAAAUUUUUGUUGCUCUCCUCCCCUCCACUCCCCCCUUCCUCUACCUGCUCCUGCUGGUCUCCUUCCUCCUCUCUGACUGCCCCCUCUUCCUGAUUCCACAGUCCUCAUGAUGGAAGCUUGAAAUCACCUGUGGUGCGACUGUUGACGCCAUGGGAAUUGCCAGGUGCUGCAAUUGUUGACUGUUGACAUCUUGCCAUUGCCAGGUGUCUGUGUUAUCAGACUGGGGGUCAUAAUCUACCCCAGGAGGUCAAGUUAGGUAACAUCUUCCUGCUACAGAAUGACAGUUGUUAAAUGUGUACUAGCACACCACCAGACACACAAUAUGUACAUAUAUGAUAUAUAUGUGUAUAUAUGUAAAUGAAUAGUGUAUGUGUUUUGUGUUUAUAUGUUUGCAUAUAUGUAUAUAUAUCACUAUAAAUACAGAUAUAAGUGUAUUCCUGUAAAUAUGUAGUGAUAUAUAUUCUAUGAGGCUGUGUAUGGAUGUUAUAUACCUGUAAAUGUAUAGUAUAUCUAUGUAUGUACAUUUAGUAUAUAUGUAAGUAUAUAGUGUAGAUGUGGUAUAUGUCCAUAUAAUAUAGAUGUAAAUAUGCAGGAGUGUAUAUAUCAUUGUAUAUGUGUGUGUAUAAAUGUGUAUAUGGUAUGUAUAUGUGUAGAGUAUAUGUAAAUAAUAUGUAUAGUUUACAUUUAUAGUAUGUAUACAUGUGUAGUAUGUAUGUGUGUAUAUAUGUAGUGUGUGUGGUAAAUGUGUAUAGUGUAUACAUGUGCAUAUAGUGCGUAUAGGUAAUGUGUAUUUGCAUAUAGUGUGUAUGUAUAGUGUGUAUGUAUAUUAUAGUGUUAUACAUUUGCUAUUUGUUAAUUUCCAUGUUAAUUCUGGAAGGACAUGAGAAAAGCAGUGAUACAUUUCCUGAAGGGAGAGAAAAUGUAGGUUCUUAAGAAUAAGAGAGAGACUGGGCAGUGGUGGCGCACGCCUUUAAUCCCAUCACUUGGAAGGCAGAGUUUGAGGCCAGCUUGGUCUGGUCUACAGAGUGUAGUUCUAGAACAGCUAGGACUACACAGGGAAACCCUGCCUUAAAAAAACAAAACAAAACAAAACCAAAAACCAAGUAAGCAGAGAAUAGAAGGGAGAUUUCACAACAAUCCAUUUUCCAUGUUUGACUUUUACUAUCACCUAGUAAUAACUGAUAAGUAAUAACUAGUAAUAACUGAUAAGAUUAAUGAUUUACGUGUAGGUGUUGCUUACUGUAUGCAAGGUAGGUUGUAAAUGAUUGUACUCUUAUCUUAUGUAAACACACCAUAAGACAGAUGACAUUGUCUGCAAUUUACAGAUGAUAACCUCAAGACUUUGAGAAAUUAAUAUGAAGUAACAUCCUCAUUCUAUAGGCAAUGAUCUUGAGACCCUGGCAAGUUAAGUAACCUUUUUUUGCUGAAUUAAUGGAGUAAUGUCCUUAUCUACAGGCAGUGGCCCUCUGACCCUGGCGAGUUAAGUAGCCAUUUUCUGCAGAAAUUAACAGGGAGUAACAUUGUUCUGCAAUUACAAGUCACCUAUGUAGUUGCUGUGUUUGGCCAACAAUAAGGAGGAGAGAGGAAGAGAAAUAAAACAGAAGAGUAAGUGAACAGGAGAGAUUGGAGCAAUGGGGUGGGGGCCAUUCUUAGCGUGCUCCUGUCUCCUAGGACAGGCUCCACAUUGUCAUUUGAAUGUCAUAGUCAUUUGCCUACUGUCAAGAUGAGGGAUCUGAACUCAAAGACUGUAUCUCUCAUAGCUGUGACAGAAGCAACUUAAGAAGGAGAGGAUUUCUUUGGCCCAUUGUUUAAGGAUAUGAACCCACCAUGGUAGGGAAGGCAUGAUGCUGUGACCUCAUCAUAGGAGGCUGGAAUUCACUGUGCAGCUUGUUAAUCUUCCCGAUAAGCACAGAGCUAGACCAGAAGGGAUGCUGGCCUGCAGUGUGGAAGACCCACCAUGGUGGUCCUACAUCCUCCAGCUAGGUCCCAUGUCCUAUAAGUUCCACACACUCUUAAAACAGUGGCAUCAACUGGGAACCAAAUAUUGAAAAACAGGAGCCUGUGGUGACAUUUCGCCUGGAAACCGUAAGAGGCAGGGACUUGUGGUUUGUCACUGGGUCGCUGGAGCCAGCAUUUGGUCUCAGGUCUGUAUUUUUCUCGGGGUUCUGUUGAAUACAGAACAGAGAUGGGAGACAGAAGGAAGAAAGGAGGAACAGGGCAGAUGCUGAGAGAGCUACCAAGAGAAAGGCUGUGAGGAGCAAGGCAUUACGAAGGCCAGAAGGGGAAGAACGGAGAGAGACGGGGAAGGAGAGAGAGCACAAGAGAGUGAGAUGGAAUGAGUGAUGUUUAAUGGUGGGGGCGUCAACAGAGAGGAGCAGAGGAGAGGGCAGAAGGGUCGAGUCAGACACAGUCUCACAGAGUCCGUGUGGCCCUGAGCUGGGACCUGUCCGAGCCUGGUGUGCUCAACAACGGGUAUGCAGUGGGUACCGUGACACCCUCUCCCAGAAUGUUGCCAAGAGAUCAGGAGUAAGUGGGAGGGCCUGGUGAGCAGGCCCUUCCUCCUCUGUAGCUGACACUAAAAACAAAAACUAACACAGACGGGAAGGAGAUUUGUAAGGAAUGAAGGGAGAAGGCAUGGGUGGGAAGGAAAUGAAAGAAUGGGGAAGGGGGAUCCAGAACACAUUAUAUGCACGUAUGGAGUGGUCAAAAAACAGAACUUAUUUUUUAAAACCUCUUUGUUGUUUGGGAAUUUUGUACAGUGUGUUUUGACCAUAUUCACCCUUUCCCCAACUCCUCCCAGAUUCAUCCUCCCUUCCCUAUCCACCCAACUUUGUGUCCUCUUUAAUUUUCACCCACACGUCAAGUCCCAUUUGUGUUGCUCAUGUGUUCAUGGACUUGUAGCCUUCCACUGGAGCAUGGUCAGCCUAUCAGGGACUUUUUUAAAAAUGAGAAUUUAAUGUAAAUAAUGUAUUUACAUCAUUUCCUCCUCUCCAUCUUCUCUCUCUAAUUCUUGCUGCAUCUCUCUGUGAAGUGGUUGACCUCUUUUUUAAUAAUUAUUGUCACAUAAAUCACAAACACACACACACACACACACACACACACACCAUUUAAUGUUGCUUGUAUAUACAUGUGCUUAGGGCUGACAACUUGGAGUUUGAUAACCUAUUUGGUGCAUCCUUUGAGAAGACUGCUUCUCUCUCUCAGCAGCCGUUAAUAUUGCCUAUAGCACUUCAUCAAGGGAUGGGGCCAUGUGAGAUUUCCCCCAUCCAUAUUUACAUGUUAACUAGAGUUUUCAUUAUGCAAGCCUUGUUUGGACAACCAUUUCAUCGAGAGUUCAUGGGUGCAGUUUCCCUGUCAUGUCUAAAAGAACAAAGCUUAUUAAUAGAAAGUGUAAUCUCAGUUUUGCUGGCAACUAUAACAAAAAUAACGUAUUUCCACCUUAAGUUUAUAAGUUUUUAUUGUCCCAGAAAAGCUGGGUGGGGGAAUUGAAAGCUUUAAUAAAACUCGAAUACAAAUCCAAUAAUGUUUUGAUAAACCAGAGAAGUCAGGGGUAGAAGUGGGAGAACCUGUAUGUUCUUUGAGGCAAUUGAAUAUAAAAACUUCAUUUAAAAAAAACGUAGUUCAAGCAUGAGUGCUUAUGCUUCUACUUGUUUUUAAUAUUUGACUUUAAUCCCAGGAACAAGAUUUCCAGGUAGGUCCCUUUUGAUAGUUUCCAGGUAGUCGUUUACCACACCCAUAGGGUGCCAGCUUGCAACAUAGAUAAAAACUAGAAAGCACUCCUCUCCCUCCACAGGCUGGGUUUCCUUUAAAUGCACCACCCAGGCAUUUCUCUGAUAACUUGAAGUAACCCACGACCUAGUCCCCCAGUAUAUAUUGCUGGUUGCCACUCUUUCCCAUCUAUCUUUCCUCUAUGCUGGAGGCUUGUGGAGUCUUCCUGGGGUCUAAACCACAGCUGGACCCAAUGCUGACCUCAGAACUCCAUCAACUCACCACAAAGUAGGGCGUGACUGUGCCACAGGAAAAAAGCGACAUUGAAAGUAGUUGAAGAAUUUGGGAAGAUGAACCCUGAAGAGUCUUCCAAACCACAGCCAUCCAAUACACAUAUGCGCUCUGGGGUUUACUUUGCCACUGGACUCCAGGAAGAAGAGAAGGCAGCUGUGAACAAACGUAGCCCCAAGGUGUUGGAGGCUCUGCAAAAGCUGAACAUCCAGGCUGAGCAGGCUCCAGUCAUUGCUGUCCUAGGUUCUGGUGGGGGGCUGCGGGCCCACAUCGCUUGUCUUGGGGUACUGAGUGAAAUGAAAGAACUUGGCCUGUUGGAUGCUGUCACAUACCUCGCAGGGGUCUCCGGGUCCACUUGGGCAUUGUCUUCAUUCUACAUCAACAGUGGGAAUAUGGAAGGGAUGGAAGAGGAGCUGACACAUCGAUAUGAGCAGAAUAGGUGGCACUUUGGAGAGAGCCUGAAGAAAGCCGUACAGGCAGCAAGGAGGGAGAACUACUCCAUGACUGAUUUUUGGGCCUAUUUUGUUGUUUCUAGGCAAACCAGAGAGCUGCAGGACUCCAGUUUGUCCAGCAUAAAGAAAGAAGUGGAAGAAGGCCUGCUGCCUUACCCAAUCUUUGCAGCCAUCGAUGGUGACCUUCAGCCUGACUGGAGGAAGAGAAAAACUCGGAAGUCCUGGUUUGAAUUCACCCCUCACCAUGCUGGCUACCCUGCACUGGGGGCUUUCGUUCCCGUCACACAGUUUGGAAGCAGAUUUGAGAAUGGAACACUGGUUAGAUCUGAGCCUGAGAGAGACUUGACUUACCUGAGAGGUUUAUGGGGAAGUGCUCUAGCUGAUAUUGAAGACAUUAAGAAAUAUAUUUGGGACAUGUUAAGGGACCUGAGAGAAAAAUUGAAGCAGAAAGAGGCUAAAGCAGCGACAUACAUGGACCCUCCAGAGGUGCAGGUGGAUGAAGCGCUCUUGGAUUUAAUGAUGGCUUAUGUCAAAGAUCAGAAUGACCCCAGCAUCAAGGAUAAGCUCCGGGCCCUGCAGCAGGUUCUGAGUGCUGAGAGAGCAGAUGAGUCUGGCGAACAGAAAUACAUCUGGCUGGCUGAGAUAGUCCAGAAUUGGGAUGAGGUCUCUCCCAAGGAGAAGGAGCAGUUUCUGGAAUAUCUGUUGUACUGCUUCAUGAGGCCACGAGAGCUUCAUGAGGGCGCCAAGCCCAGCUCGAUGAGCCGGAUCGGGGGUCUAAUCCAGGAUGUUUUUACUUUUCUGAGUAAAACUGGAAUUUGUUGUUGGAGGUGGGAGUGGGGAACUGUCUACAACUUCCUCUAUAAACACGGUAACAUCACAGAUGAGGCCAUGCAGAGCCGGGAGUUUCUGCAUCUGGUGGACGCUGGUUUAGCCAUCAACACUCCCUACCCGCUUGUUCUGCCUCCGGUUCGUGAAGCUCACCUCAUCCUCUCGUUUGACUUCAGUGCUGGGGACCCACUAGAGACCAUCAGGACCACAGCAGACUACUGCCGAUGCCAUGCAAUCCCCUUUCCUGAAGUGAGAGAGGAUCAGCUGAAGGAAUGGGCCAAAGCCCCAGCGAGCUGCUACAUCCUCAGAGGGGAGACUGGACCUGUUGUCAUGCAUUUUACUCUGUUCAACAAAAACAACUGUGGAGAUGACAUUGAGACGUGGAGAAAGAAAUAUGACACAAUGAAACUCUCUGACUCCUACACACCAGAUCUGGUGAAAGAUUUGCUGAGAGUGUCUAAGGAAAAUGUCCAGAUGAAUAAGGAUAAUAUCCUUAAUGAGAUGAGGAAAAUAGCUGUGAAACCUGUCAACUUCCCACGGGUGACUAAGGAGGACUGCUGGGGAGACACAGAGCAGCAUGCCCAAAGCUCUCGGACUGUGGAGAUCAAGAUGUCCAACAACACGGACAUAACAUUCAGUGAGCCCUUGAAACCUGUCAACUUCCCAUGGGUGACUAAGGAGGACUGCUGGGGAGACACAGAGCAGCAUGCCCAAAGCUCUCGGACUGUGGAGAUCAAGAUUUCCAACAACACGGACAUAACAUUCAGUGAGCCCUUAUACUACUUGCAGAGUGGGCGUGUACUAGUGGACCCACCACCUCUGCUGUCUCCAGAGUCCACCAUCAACUGCUCCUUUGUGAAGAAGAACUCCAGCUUCCAGGGCACUGUGGGCAUACUGGUCUACCAGGGCCCAAGUGUUCACUUUGCAUUGCUGUUCUCUGUUCCCUUCAACUAUGCCCUUCACAGAAUUGAGUUUGCCUUAGCCAUCAUAACUGAGCCAGUCUCCAGAGACCUGGAGAGGGUCUUUGAUGACAUCAUUCAGGGCAAAGGGUCUCCGGAGCUAAAGGCAGCAAAGUAUGAUCUUCAGAUUCCUCAUGGGACCCUGAAGCUGGAACACGAUUCCUUGAUCAUUAGAGCCACAAUGUCCAACAUCCAUGUGGCUAAACUGGAUGUAGUGGUUGAGACCAAAAAAGCUCCUUAAAAGUCUCUUUCCUCCAUCUAUAGCUGCUUGUUUUAUACUUCCAGUCAGAUUGCUUGGCUCUGUAAAAAGAGAGACCUCAACUGAAAUCAUGGUCUAUCUCUGCAGAGCCAAGGAACUCUAAGAAGACAACUAUUCUGUAAAUGCUUGCUGCUUGACCAACAGAUUGAUGAUGCAUUUCUUAGUCCCUCAGCACCCUCCUGCAUCCUGUGUCACCCAUGAUGUAUCCUUUAUUCUUCAUUCCCUGCCAUGCUGUUGUGGCUUGCCUUCCACACUUUCCUCCCUCAACAACUUACCUUCAUUGGCUGUCUUGUCUGCUGCCUCACCCUUCCAUUCUACUCCUUCCACUGGUAAAUCAGUGGCCAAGCUUGAUGGCUCCGCAUCUGACUUGGGUCCUGGCCCCACAAUUUGCUCACUAUCAGAACACAGGCAAGUCCUUUCACAUGUGAGCCUUCCUUUCACCAUCUGUGGAGUAGAUAAUUGUGUCUGUGUCCUGGGGGGCUCAUAUGAAUUAAGUCCUAAGACCUUAGACCAGCUCUGGUAAAGGCAAAGUUUUCAAGAGGCAUUACUUGUUCUUUUUCCUCAAGCUAAUAUUCUUUUCUUUUGAUUAAAACAUUGUAGUUUUUAGAUGGCAUAUAAGAUAAUUGGGUUCAUCAUGGCUUUCUGUAGCCAUAGAUAAUUGUAUUUGUUAGUAUUUGUUCCCCAUUACCUCCCUUUGGCCCUACUUCCUUCUCAUGUGGGUCUCCUUCCUCCCUCCAAAAUACCGGCUCCUGCGCUUGUGUCAUAUGUAUGUGUGCAUAAAUAUGUAUUUUAACCUAAAUUCUGCAUAUAAAAGAAGACAUGCAAUGUUUGUCUUUUUUCUCUCCUAAUUUCCCUCUUGUCCUUCAUCUCUUUGGACUUCUCUCCUGACACCAAAUUGUCCCCCUUUCACUUUUACAACAUCCGUAAUACAUAGAGGUAGAUAAGACAAAGAAACAGAUAGGUGGUAGAUGGUAGAUGUGAGGCAUAUAGAUAAUACAGAUAAUUAGUAGAUAGUGAUAAAUAGAUGACAGAAGAAUGAUAGUAGGUAGAUAUUGAGAUAGCUGUUACACUUAGGAAGGAAAACAUGAUAGUUGUCUUUUUGAGGUUGGGUUAUUUUGCUUAACAUGGUGGACUCCAGGUCUGUCCAUUUCCCACAAACAAUGUAACCUCGCUCUUCUUGAUGGCUCAAUAAAUGUUAAAGACUGCUA